AUGACUCGAGAAACUAUAGCGCCCGUUGCUCAGCUCAAGACCAUCAGCUUGAAGGCUCUGAAAGGACGAUGCGCGGAGGAGGUUUCGAAGCUCCUGGAGGCGGCGCAACAGCACGGGGUCUUCUACCUCGACGUGGCUGACGACAUCUUGCUCGAGGAUGUUGUUUACGAUAUUGGUCAGUUGAGCCGCAGCCUCUUCGCCAUGAGUGAGCCAGAGAAAAUGAAGUUUGACGUGGACAAGCUUGGGCCAUACAAGCUCAAUGGCCAGUCGGUCGUAACGUCGGAGGCAUCAAAGGUCAGCGUGAUGGUUUCGAGAGCUACGCGACGGAGAUGGGUAGAUCUCUUCGGCGCACUGCGCUCCCCGGUCAUUGUGGAAUAUCAGCAGCGUGUGGCCGAAUUUCAAUCCAUCUGCUUGGACUUGGCUAAGGUUCUCUUCGAAACGCUCUCCAUCGCCUGUCGAUUGCCCGAAGAGAGCUCAUUCCAGUCCUGUCACUCGACAUCCCCGCUGAACCUGGUGCGCCUGCUGCGGUACCCAGGGGCUAUGGGCGACCAGAACUUCAGCAUCCCCCAGAUAGCGCACACCGACAUGGGGUCGCUGACGUUCCUGUUCACGGACUAUCCAGGUCUCCAGAUCCAGCCGACAGGCUCACCGGAGUGGCUACACGUGAUGCCUCGACCGGGGAAACCAAUCGUGAAUCUGGGUGACGCCAUGAAAAUCCUCAGCAACGGCAAGCUUGAGAGCGUGCUUCACCGCGUAGUCACGGUGCCAGGAGUUCGGGCGGAGGACCGCUAUAGCUUUGCAUACUUGAUGCGGCCGGAACCGUCGACUCUGAUGGCGCCGCUCCCCGGCAUGGGUCAUGCUAGCGGGGAACCUGUGCGCACAUGUGAGGAAUGGGUUUCCAUGAAGUUUCGAGCGCUACGAGCUUGA